CUAAGAGAUAUGUAAGUUUUGGUCAAAACAAUUUAUCAGAAACAUUAAAUGUCAUAUCGUACGUAUAAUUUCUUGGUCAUUACUUUGUUUGUCCAUAUAUGAAAAGCUCUAAACAUAAUUUCAUACACUCAUAGAUUUAUAACUUACAAGAAACAUUCAAAAGAGAAGAAAAAAUAACAAGGCAGCAUGAGAAUGGAGUCAGAUUCUCAUAACACCAAAAUUUCAUCAUCAAAUCUUGAUCAUCACAAUCACGUAAUUUUGUUUCCUUUCAUGUCAAAAGGCCACACUAUUCCACUCCUUCACCUAGCUCGAGUCCUCCUCAACCGCCAUGUAACCGUUACCAUCUUCACCACUCCCGCCAACAGAUCCUUCAUCACCAAAUUUCUCCCGGCCACCUCAGCUGCCAUCGUCGAGCUUCCCUUCCCGAAAAACAUACCGGGAGUCCCUAACGGGGUAGAGAAUACCGAGGAUUUCCCAACCAUGUCCAUGUCCAUGUUCUACUCCUUGGUCUUGGGCACCCAAAACAUGAAACCCGACUUAGAUCGAGCUCUGGAGAAUAUUCAAACUCCAGUGAGCUUCAUGGUCUCUGACGGGUUUCUCUGGUGGACCCUUGAUUCGGCCUCCAAGUUGGGAUUCCCACGGCUUGUUUUCUACGGUAUGUCACAUUAUGCAAUGGCUGUAUACCAUUCUCUUUUUAAUAGUAAAAAGCCUAAGCAGACAGAGACAGAGACCGUCGUCUCUGAUUUUCCUUGGAUCAAACUCACCCGAAGCGAAUAUGAUCCAAGUGCUCAAAACGGUGAAGAUCAGUCUCUUGCUCAUGAAUUUAUGUCAAAAGCUACUGAGGCCACAAACAAUAGUUUUGGUAUGAUUUACAACAGCUUCUACGAGCUCGAGCCGAUGUUCACUGACUACUGGAACCAAAAGGUUGGACCCAAAUCAUGGCCUCUUGGGCCUCUUUGCUUACAUGACAUGAAAAUAGAGAGCAGAGGCCUUGUUGUUCAUCCAUGGCUCGAUGAAAAGGAAUCGAGUUCGGUUCUUUAUGUGGCCUUUGGGUCUCAAGCAACUGUGUCAUCGGAACAAGUUAGAGAAAUCGCGAAAGGGUUAGAAUAUUCAAACGUAAAUUUCUUCUGGGUGCUAAGAAAAUUAGAGCCAGAAGAGAACAAGUUCUUAGAAGAGUUUGAAAAGAGAGUGAAAAAUAGAGGAAUAGUGGUUAGAGAUUGGGUUAACCAAAUGGAGAUAUUGAAGCACAAAAGCGUUAAAGGGUUUUUCAGUCACUGUGGUUGGAACUCAGUGAUGGAGAGUUUAAGUGCUGGAUUGCCAAUUCUAGGUUUUCCGAUGAUGGCGGAGCAACAUAUAAACGCGAAAAUGGUGGUGGAAGAGAUUAAGAUUGGUUUGAGAGUUAAGAGCUACGAUGGAUCAUUGAAUGGGAUUGUGAAGAGUGAAGAAGUGAGUAAAAUGGUGAAGGAGUUAAUGGAGGGAGAGGUGGGAAAAGAGAUGAGGAAGAAGGUAGAAGAAUUUGCAGUUAUGGCUCAUAAGGCGGUGCAAAAAGGAGGGUCAUCGUGGGAAACGUUAGAUUUGCUCCUCUCAUCAACCAAACAAAGAAUACAUCAUUAUUAAUGUCUUGAUUUUACUUGUAUGUUAAUUCCUCAAUUGAUGAUGUUCGCUCUUUGUUUACCUUUUAAUGUUGGGCACUAGUGGUACUUAACACUUUUUAUAAGUGGCGCUCUAUGAUUGGUUAGCGAUAUUUCCUAAAAUUUAUUUUCUUGAGUAUGCGACCCAAUACUUAAUUAUACCAAUAACAAUAUGACAUCGCGUUAUAAAGUGCUAAGUACCUCAUUGUACCAUUCAAAUUUUUGGUAGUUGUGCUUUCCAUGGACAAAGGAACAUGAUCUUGUCUCGGUUUGGCUUGACUUAAUAACCAAACUUUCGUGGCAUAAGUAUAAAGUGAGAGCACGUAUUUUAUUAA